UCUCCCUGAAGGUCCCUUUCCAUUCUACCCCGCCUGUCUUAUCUGCCGGGUGCCGAUCAACAAUCGACCAUAUCGAAAUCCAUAUGAUACGAAAGCAAUCUUCUCUGGUCGACGUUCGGGAUAUUUCCGUCCAACAGCAUAGGAGCCCGGAAGCGGAAGCGUCCCUCAUCUCUCCUCGGCUGAGUGGAAGAAUGCAAUGAAUAACUAGUCGAGGAGGAGUCGCACCUUGUUGAUUGUUGAUUGUUCUUGCUACAAACACCAGUGAUCACAUCGUCUCUAGUCCAUAUACUGUCAACCAUGUCAAAGAACGUAAAGGUCGCCAUCACACAGCAUGAGCCGGUAUGGUUGGACCUUCAAGGCACAGUUGCGAAGACGUGCGCGCUCAUCAAAGAAGCCGCUGCCGGAGGCGCCAAACUUAUAGCGUUCCCGGAGAUGUGGGUUCCUGGAUACCCAGCUUGGAUCUGGUCGCGCCCGGUCGACUUCGAGCUCGGCACGCGCUACGUCGAUAAUUCCCUGACUGUAGACAGCGCCGAGAUGCGCAAGAUUUGCAGCGCUGCACAGGAGAAUGCCAUCAGUGUCGCCCUAGGCUUUUCCGAAAGAGACGGUGAUUCGCUAUACAUCUCCCAGGCGCUGAUCUCCGAGGAGGGCAAGAUCACCUCGAAAAGACGCAAGAUGAAGCCGACGCAUAUGGAGCGUACUAUCUUUGGUGAUGCGACGACGGAUUGCUUAAGUGACGUUGUUGAUACGAAGGACGUGGGGAAGGUGGGAUGUCUGUCGUGCUGGGAGCACAUCCAGCCGCUGCUCAAGUACCAUAUGAUUGCACAGAAGGAACAGAUUCAUGUUGCGGCGUGGCCGCCGCUAGAUGGCUUCGUUGAUGGCUCGCCAGGGUUUUACUCCAUGAGUGCUGAAGGAUGCCUCAAUCUCUCCCAAAGCUACGCCAUGGAAUCGCAAGCCUUCGUCCUACAUUGCACGUCCGCGCUGAGCGAGAAGGGGACUGAGCUUAUGGGAACAAAGGGUGCUCCCAUCAUGGGCACCGCGAUUGCAGGCAGCUCGGCGUUGAUUGGACCUGAUGGGCGUGUUCUGUCUGCGCCGAAUUCUGAGCCGGAGACGCUCCUCUUUGCGGAGAUUGAUCUUGGGUUGGUUACGAAGACGAAGACGUUGGCAGAUGCGUCGGGACAUUACAGUCGGCCAGAUUUGCUUUGGCUUGGUGUUGAUGUCGGGCCUAAGAAGAUUGUGAGAUCGACAAAGACGACGUGAGGACAGGUUUUUUGUUUUGUUUUUUGAGGACGUGGCUUUUUUCUGUAGCGAUUAUAUAUGGUCUUAUGAUUAGAGAGAAAGAC